AUGGCCAAGCAUGGUCUGAAGGCUCUUCGAGCGGCAUUGAUCCAGUCUCGAAAACCUUUCCAUGCACAGCGGACAGGGCAGUCUCGUCAUGUCCUCACCAGACAGCCACCACCCAGUCACGAAAACCCAGACUUUGUCUCGGUAGUGGACGCGCCUCCUCGAAUAGUGUCGGUGGGACAGAGGCAGUCAAAACUGGGCCUUGCACUGCUUGCUGUAAUCCCAUUUACUGCGUUCUGCUUAGGCACCUGGCAGAUCCAGCGUCUGGACUGGAAAACGAAGCUCAUAGCCAAGUUUGAAGACCGACUGGUCCGGCCGCCAUUACCUCUGCCUCCUCGAAUCGAUCCCGAUGCCAUCCACGAGUUUGACUACAGAAGGGUCUAUGCUACAGGAAAGCUGCGACAUGAUCAAGAGAUGCUUAUCGGGCCACGCACGCAGGAUGGCAAGGACGGAUUUAUGGUCAUUACACCGUUAGAGCGUGAAGGUGGUAGCACUAUACUGGUCAACCGUGGCUGGAUUAGUCGGGAGAAAAAAUACCAACAGGACAGAGAUCCGUCUGCUUUGCCCGAAGGUGAAGUGACCAUCUCAGGCCUGUUACGCGAACCUUGGAAGAAGAACCUUUUCACGCCGAACAAUGAUCCAGACAAGGGUAAAUUUUAUUUCCCCGACGUUGAAGAGAUGGCCAGAGUCUCUGGAGCCGAGCCUGUCUGGGUGGAAGAGACCAUGACGCCGGAUAUGCUGGUCAGCUUUGAUCGAGAAUCCAAGGGCAUCCCCAUUGGGAGGGCGCCCGAGGUCAACUUGAGGAAUAAUCAUGUACAGUACAUAUUCACGUGGUAUUCGUUAUGUGCGGCCACAACGCUCAUGACGUGGAUGGUCUUCCGCAAGAAACCCGUAGACAGAUCUCGACGGAUACGUCAUGUCACGAAUUGGUGA